AUGCGACAAAUGACACUUUUUACCCUUCUCUUUGCUCUCUGCGUCUCGAUAGUCGCCGGACUGGACUGUCGCUGCUUCCCCGGUGAUGCCUGCUGGCCUUCGUGGCAGCAGUGGGCGGAUUUCAAUGCCACCAUAGGCGGCCGAUUGAUCUCAACGAUUCCUCUCGGUAGCGUCUGCCACACCACAGGAGAAUUCUCAGCAUACAACCGGGAGGCUUGCGCCAGUCUGAUCGCUGACUGGGGGUUUCCGGCCACUCAUUACAAGACUUGCGACUCACCUAUGGCGUCGUGGUUCUCCAACGCGUCUUGUGAUCCCUUCUUACCGCGGAACACACCAUGCACGAUCACCGCGCUCCAGCGAUACGCAGUCAACGUGAGCAAGGUGGAAGAUGUGCAGAAGACCAUUCAGUUUGCCCAAGAUCAUAACAUUCGCUUGGUCAUCCGAAACACUGGCCACGACUAUCUCGGCAAGUCCACUGCACCUGGAGGUCUCGCCUUGUGGAUGCACAACCUGAAGGCUACCGAGUAUCUGCAGUAUCGCUCAUGCUCCUACGAAGGACCGGCGUUGCGACUCGGCGCCGGCAUCCAAGGCUUUGAAGGGAUGGCUGCGGCUCACGCGCAGAACAAAGUCAUCCUGACAGGUAACUGCGAUAGUGUUGGGGUUGUCGGUGGUUACAGUCAAGGUGGAGGCCAUGGUCAGCUGGCUUCCAUGGUUGGUCUCGCUGCCGAUCAGGUAUUGGAAUGGGAGGUGGUGACCGCCGAUGGACAACAUCUCAUAGCCGCUCCCGACAGAAAUCCCGAUCUCUUUUGGGCUCUCUCGGGCGGUGGUGGAGGCACAUAUGCUGUUGUGAUGAGUGCCACCGUCAAGGCGUACGCUGAAGUUAGCACUGCUUCAGCGAACCUAACCUUUAGUGGCGCUGAUGUACCGCCUGACGUCUUCUGGUCCAUCAUUCGAAAUUUCAUUGUCGACAUCACUCCUAUUAUCGAUGCUGGCGCUGUCGCAAUCUGGGCGGUCAUUGGAAAGACAUUCAGUCUCACACCAAUCACAUGGCCUGGAGGUAACGUGGAUCAACUGCAGAUGCAUCUUGCAUCAACUUUGAGGAUGCUCAAUGAGAGAAACAUGACAUACGCUUUCCACAUCCAACAGUUCGCCUCGUUCUGGGACUGUUUCAUGGCCAUGAAUCCACACAGCAACAUUACGGAAGCGCAAAUCGGAGGACGCCUCAUGCCUCGCGGGGUGCUUGCACACAGUACCGACAGCCUCAUCUCGACCUUGAGACAAAUUUCAGAACAGGGUGCAGUGGUCUCAGGCGUAUCACUCAAUGUUUCCCGUCACUCGGUACCGGACAAUGCAGUCAAUCCUGCCUGGCGCGAUGCUGCCAUCUCCAUUGUUCUCGGAACAAGCUACAAUUACACAAAUCGUCAAGUGAACGUCGAGUGCCAGUCAUUGAUGACUCAAGAGCUUGUUCCGCUUCUGACGGAUAUCAGCAUCGACAGUGGAGCCUAUCUGAACGAAGCCGACUGGAAGCAGCCCGACUGGCAGUCCGCCUUCUACGGUGAUAAAUAUCAAGCCUUGCAUGAGAUCAAAGAGGAGUUCGAUCCCAACGGAGUGUUCUGGGCCAGAACCGCCGUUGGAAGCGAGGCGUGGACAGAGCUGGAUGACGGGCACCUCUGUCGAUCUGAUGACUUGUGA